GAACGAAUUCCUUUUUCCACGCAAAGAGGUUCAGAGGAUGAACGAACAAAAUCACCUUCUCCUCUUCCUUUCUUUAUCUCUCUCGCUAGCCACCGUUUUUCUUCUGCAUCCAUUUCUUGCUUCGAUUUAAAUUCUUCAAAUCCACAAAACCAAUAUAAGAAUCUCUCUUUCCCUUUCAAUUUUUUAGAUUCUUUCACCGAAACGAGAAAGCAAAUUGUCGCCGUCAUUUUUCCUCAUGGUUUUAGAUCUAGUUCCCAUCCUUGCACAAGAAAACCUUCCAGUUGAAAUAAUACAGUCCUAUGAUUUGGUAGCCUCUAAUGCCUUGUUCAAGCAACCAUUAAACUUUACAAGUCACAUUCUAAUAUAGGCCCUUUAAUUCAAAAGGGACAAAUGGAGUUGAAAAAAGGAACAAAUACUGCAACAAUUAAAAAAAAUUAUGAAGUUAUACAAAUAUCUGUAUAGUCUUGAAUCCAAGGAGAUUGAAUCAACACUCCCACGAUCAAAAGAUGACAAAUUAUCUACCUCAAAUUUGAAGAUCGAAGCCCUGAUAUUUACAAGAUUGGUAUUAUCUUCACAUUCUCCUAUGUAUUCCACCCUUAUAUCAAGGUGUGACUGCCCUUUUUGGCCUGAUGAUCGUAUGUGCCGGUUGCGGGACUGUAGUGUAUGCCAAUGUCCAGAAGGCGAGUUCCCGGAGUCAUUUAAGAAGCCUAAACACCUUCCAUUCAAUGAUCUUAUCUGUCAAGAAGGAAAACCCGAUGGAGCUGUUGACCGUACGUUGGAUAGUAAAGCUUUCAAAGGAUGGACAAAAAUAGAUAAUCCAUGGACGAAUAAUGAUGAGGCAGACAAUGGUGAGAUGACAUAUGUGAGUCUUCAACUGAAUCCUGAAAGAUAUACUGGUUACACCACUCCAUCUGCAAGAAGGAUAUGAGAUGUUGUCUACUCUGAGAACUGCCCCAAAUAUCUUUCGCAAGAAUCGUGUCAAGAGGAAAAGAUUUUGUAUAAAUUGAUAUCAGGUCUCCACUCCUCCAUACCAGUACAUAUAGCUGCGAUUACCAAGUUGAAGAAGCUACAAAUAUG